AUGGCGGCCGUAGCAGCAGAGAGCAACCACGGCUCGUAUAGCGAAGAUGUAGAGAAGCAUCUCGACUCGUCAAAGACGCCAUCCCAUGAUUCUCAGUUGCCGGCCGAAGACACGAAUCUCGUCAACUGGACCGAUGACAGCGAUCCUGAGAAUCCCCAGAACUGGCCAGCCGCCAAGAAAUGGAUCAUCACUACUAUCCUCUCGACGCUGACAUUUUGCGUCACCUUUGCCAGCAGCGUCUUCAGUACGGCCACGGCUGAGACCGCGAAGGAGUUCCACGUCAGCAACGAAGUCAUGGUGCUGGGCUCCAGCCUCUUCGUCUUGGGCUUUGCUCUCGGUCCAGUUGUUUGGGGGCCUCUGUCAGAGCUGUAUGGCCGCAAGAGGCCCAUGUUUACGGGGCUCUUUGUCUUUGCCAUCUUCAACAUUCCUGUUGCCGUGGCGCACAAUGUCGAGACUAUCCUGAUUUGCCGAUUCUUGGGCGGGGUCUUUGGCUGCUCGCCAAUGGCAAUUGUGGGCGGCGCUCUGGCAGACUUCUGGAAUCCCACUGAGCGCGGCGUGGCUGUUUGCUCCUUUGCUGGCGCUACCUUCAUCGGCCCUCUUGCUGGACCUAUUGCUGGCAGUUUCAUCGUUGCGUCCUCGCUGGGCUGGAGAUGGACUGUUUGGCUUACCCUCAUCAUGAUUGGGGUAUUUGGGUCACUGGCCUAUGUCGUUGUUCCCGAGAGCUCUGCGCCCGUUCUGCUAUCUUGGAAGGCCAAGAGGCUUCGAAAAGAGACUGGAAACCAGAACAUCCACGCAGCUCACGAUUCGAAAAAGGUGUCUUUCAGAGCCAUUCUCACGACAUAUGUUCUGAGGCCCAUCAAGAUGCUGGCCAUGGAGCCUAUCCUGCUGCUCUUGACAAUCUACAUGGCAUUCGUCUACGGAGUCUUGUAUCUCUUCUUUUUCUCAUAUCCCAUUGCAUUUUCCGGCCAGCGUGGUUGGUCUACUGGUUUGGCUUCCCUCCCAUUCCUUAGCAUCAUGGUAGGCAUCGUCUUUGGGUCAACUUACAUUGUAUACUUUACAAAAACCCAAUUCGCCUCACGAAUGGCGAAAAAUGGACGGACAACUCCUGAAGACCGUCUACCACCCAUGAUUGUAGGCGGUAUUCUACUUCCAAUUGGCCUAUUUUGGUUUGCUUGGACGAGUAACAAGAAUAUCACCUGGGUGCCUCAAGUUCUCGCUGGUAUUCCCACUGGCGCAGGCGUGUUGAUCAUUUUCAUGCAAGGAUUCAACUACAUCAUCGAUGUCUAUCUCAUGUACGCUAAUAGUGCCCUGGCUGGCAAUGCCCUUAUUAGAUCUCUUCUUGGCGCUGGAUUUCCGCUUUUCGCGUCGGCCAUGUAUAAUCGCCUGGGCGUUGAUUGGGCCACUAGUCUCCUCGCAUUCUUGGCUGUUACCAUGGUCCCUGUCCCAGUCCUGUUCCUCUUCUAUGGCCAAAAGAUGCGCAGCUGGUCGAGAAUGAGUCUGAACAAGCAAUAA